CUUUAGCUUGAGAUUUGAUGCGUUUUAUUUUGUAAACUAGAUUUAGAAAUAGAGUGAAAUUUGAAGAGCUGGUGCACGAUCUAUAAAAGCUCAAAUGUUUGCAAUAUUGUAAUUUAGUAUAAAUGAAUGUUGUUAAUUUGAUAAAAUAAUUAAUGAACUAUGGUACCCGUAUCAAUAGAAGGAUGUACGCAGGGCACCGAAGCUGGCGGUGCCCGAGGCGGCUCAAUUUCAUUGGGAUUAUUGAUAGAUUUUAUUGUGCAAAGAACUUACGACGAAUUGACUGUAUUAGCUGAACUAUUACCAAGGAAAACAGAUAUGGAAAGAAAGAUUGAAAUCUACAAAUUUAGUGCUCGUACUCGACAGUUAUUUGUUAGGCUGUUGGCAUUGGUAAAGUGGGCCAGCAGCGCAACCAAAGUAGAUCGAUCAGCUCAUAUUAUGGCAUUUUUGGAUAAACAAGCAUUACUUUUUGUUGAAACUGCAGAUGUCCUAGCUCGUGUCGCUCGAGAAACACUAGUUCAUGCAAGAUUGCCUACAUUUCAUAUGGCUGCUGCAGUAGAAGUGUUAACCCUAGGAACAUACAGUCGAUUACCUGCUGUUAUACGUGAGCGCCUUGUGCCACCACCAUCUCUUACCCCAGGAGAGAGGAGAUCUACACUGAAAGCACUUGCUCAUAUUGUGCGACAGAGGCUUACUACUGCAUCAUUACCUUGUGACGUAAGGAGCCUAAAGGUUGAAAAUGGAAGAGCAACAUUCACUGUGGGCCAAGAAUUUAGUGUUUCAUUGACAGUGAUGGGAGAUGGCCCUAAUAUGCCUUGGCGGUUGUUAGACAUUGCUAUUUUAAUUCAAGAUAAUGAAACUGGAGAGGGAAAACCCUUGGUUCAUAGUUCACAACUCAAUUGGCUCCGAGGGGUUGCUCAGGCUCGACUUGCUGCCGCGGGCUUAAAUGGUGCUCUAACAGCUCUCCGAUUCUUUUGCCGUUCCCUCUCUCUGGAGCUUCUAUAUACACAAACUUUGAGACUCUGUCGAGACCGAUUGGCGAAACACUUACAAGUGGACAAGUACAUACCAGGGCAGAAGCUGCAAGUCUCUUAUUGGAGGGAGCUGGGCUGCGAACUGGGCUACCGUGUGAUAGUGGGUGCGGAGGGCGAGUCUCUGAGCGUGUGGCACGUGCCAGCCCUGGCAGGCGGCGAGCGGGUGGCGGCAGCCCUGACCCCGCACGCACCUUCCAUGGAACGCCUACUAGCCCACACCGUGCACGUGCGCUCCCGACAGCGACUAAACGAUCUUAAAGUUCUACUCAACGAUUUAGGGGUGGAGUGUACAGUGGGCGGCUGGCCGUGUGUGUUGGCCUGCUCCGUGGUGGCGCCGUGCCUGCGCGCGGAGCAGCUGCUGGUGUCGGUGGGUGCGCACGGCGGCCGCCUGCGGGCCAGGGUGCCCGCCUACCCGGCCACGCCCCGCGUCAACGACCUCGCCAACGCGCUCGCUGCCGCAGAUCUCAAAACGCUCAGACCGUUGCUCACGCAACUAAGGUUCUGGCUGGUGGCGCGGCGCUGUGAGAAGACUCUGCAGCAUCUGCCCGCCAGUGUGUGCGAACAUCUGCCGUUCCUGCAUGGCGUAGACCAUCCGCUCAACAAACUGUCGCCCGAUCGACUUUAUGUCACCUUACAUCGACACACCGAUCACAUCCUGGUGGUAGAAAUGAAGGAAGUGGCGUCUGGUUGCACGGCGACGACCAGCAGUAGUACCAACAGCGGCAGCGCAUGCAGCGUCGCGCUGUGCUUCCAUCUGGCCGGAGCACGGCGCUGCACGCCCGACGAGUGCGAGGAUGAGUCGGCCAAUGUGAACGCUUCGCCUGCCAUAGCCCGGGCGUACCUCAAGCUUCACUCGCUAGUGGAGCUCGACACCUUCACUCUGACGCACGGCCCGUUCACACCUCUUGACACAGCUGGCAUGCAGCCGGGCAAGCGGAAGCUGUCCCCUAAUGCGGCUAGGGCGGUGCGCGUGCGUCAGCCGGCGUACUUCCUGCCCGAGUUAGCGCACGUGGUGGCGGCCGCCGACGAACGAGUUCCGUUCGUCAACUUAGCGCAAGAGUUGUCGAACCGCGGGGUGACUCACGGUGGCGUGGGGCCGGAAUGGGGUGGCUCCGCUCUUGGCAUGCGCAUAGUGGCGCUGCCCCGGCCCGAAGGUGCCCCCGAACAUGCCGCCCUGGCGCUACGGUCUCGCCUGCUAGCAGCCACCAUCCGACUGACCACCAAGAACCAGGCCAGGGUGUGGACUGCGGAGAUUGUCUUCCAUGGAUCGCCGAUACGGACACCCAAUCCAAAGGAACAAGGAGAGAGACGCUGCGUGUACCUGCAGUACGAGCUCGGAACGGAUGCGGGCCGCACUGCGGACGCGUUUCUUGCGGAUUGGGCGGCCAUUGUUCAUCUACACACUUUGCUGCAUGACUUCAUGCUCAGGCCUGUUCAAGAACGUGAAACACUAUGGCAAGGCGUGUGCAUCCGUUCGUACACGUACCGGUCGCUGGUGGUGGGCUUCGGUAGCGGACAACGAGCCACCGCCGUGCUGCAGUGGAGCGCGGCCACCCACCGCUACACACUGGCCACGCCGGCGCACCAGCCCGCUGCCAACGCUCAUCACCUGCUGCAUCACCAUCUCGACGCCUACAUCAACUGUAAGAAAGAUCUGAUGUCGUUCGGCGUGGUGCUCCGCGAGACAUAUGCGCCGCUUCUGGCGCUGAGCCGGCUGCCCACGCUGCCGCAGUUAGGGCUCCACCACGUGCGCACGCUCAUGCCGACACCCACAUUCACACUACUGGCGCACUCUUGGAGAAAGAUUCGUGUAAUAUACGCAGGCGCAUACUCACUUGAAAUUGGCAUUCGCGGCGGCAACGUUGUCACAAUCAGAGACGGUUCUUAUUCUAAGUUUGACCGGUCGUCUGUUGUCGAUGAAUUCGCGCCGGCGCAAGGUUUAAAAACCUUCCUAUCGCGUUAUGUGGACGAUAAUAUAAGCGCUCGUCUAUUGGCUGAAGAUGACAACCCACCCUCACCGAUAUCGCCCAUGCCACCAGGCGGGCUCCGGUUCCCGGGACCAUUGACUCCGCCACAGCCGCAUACGCCACAUUCCGCGCCCCUCACGCCACACCCUGCCUCGCCUGCACAGCAUCAGAUGGGUGGUGGCUCGUUCAACCUGACGUCACCGCCGGCGGGGGCGGUAUCGGCGUCCCCCGCCUCCCCGCUCGCGCCUUCCCCUCUGGCGCCCGCCGCGUCGCCACACCCACCGCCCACUUCGCCCUUCACCGCGUGGCCCGCGUCGCCCUCGCUGCCUAGACCCUCGCCGGGACAUCACCCCUCACCCAGACACCAUAUAGAUCAUAAAGGCCCCCAAGCGACUGGGUCCAGCUCGACAAGCGGGCGCGGUCGCCCGUGGUCGGGCGCCAUGGCGACCCCGAUGGCAGUGAACAAGUUAGAAGCUCUGUGCACACCGUGCGAGCCGCCGCCCGGGGCGCCGCCCGGCCCCGCUCUGGCGCCCCUGCAGCGCUUCCUCGCCUGCGUCUACUUGAAGCGGUCCCUGCAGCGCUGCGUCCAGCAGGAAGAGUUCGUGUCGCUGGUGAGCGCGGAGGCGACGAGCGUGUCGUUCCGCUGCGAGGGGGCGGGGCUUGCAGCGCGCGUGUCGCUGCACCCGCAGCACAUGCAGUCGCUGCACCUGCAGCUGUCGCCGCUGCCCGACGCCAAGGACAACUGGACCGCCGACGACCUGCAGGUGAUGGAGAAGUUCUUCGAGCAGCGCGUGGCCGUGGCGCCGUACCGCGCCGCGUCGCUGGCGGGCUGGGCGCGCGCCUGGGGCGCCCCGGCCGCGGCGCUGCCGUCGCUGGUGUGUCUGCAGCGCGCGGAGCUGUCGCCGCCCGCGCCGGCCGCCUGGUCGCUGCAGUGGGCGCUGCGCAUUCCGCCGCACGGGCCGCAGAUCGUGCCCGCGGGCCAGCCCGCCGUGCUGCUCGCCAAGCACAAGAUACUCUUCUUUAUAUCCCUGAGCCGCGGCGAUACCCAGCUGGUGCUGCCGUUGGUGUACGACGUGCAGUCCAACGCCAUGCAGAUCGCCGAGAGACGUGACGCGCAGCAACCGCACCUCAUCGCGGUCAAUCUGCAUCUGAAACGGUUCGCGGAGUUCCACCAGCCGCACGGCGAGUGCCUGCUGUGGCCGGCCGUCCGCGACCUGCUCCUCAACUUCGCGCUGCCGCAGGACGCCCCGCCGCCCCCCGCGCCCGCCCCCACCUAGCCCCCGCCCCCGCUGGCGCCCGCUUACCCGCCGCUCUACUAAUAGCAGGACGCUACUAGUACGCACUGCAUUGUACAGCUCUAUAAAAAUGUUCAUAUAAUAAUACCCUGUCUAAUAUACAGGUACUUCUUCAAAUUGACGUAUAAUGGACAUUGUGUGAAUUAUGAUGACGCGGAUAGCAGUGAGUGAAUUUUUCCUUUUUACUUUGACAAAAAAACAACGGGUAAAAUCUUGACAGUUUGGCAAGACUAUGGAGAAAAGGGAUAGCAUAGCUGGUAGGAGUUGGUAUCACUCUUGUUAAAAGGCAAUGCAUGUUUUAAAUAAGGAAAGUUUCAUCACUAUCUGGUCAGUGGUCCUGAGCGCAUUCAAUACAAAUUCGUUCAUGAUACUACGGUAACUGGGGAUUAGCUAGGCUCCUAUUAUGAACGAAUUUGAGUUUUACAUAGAAAUAUGAUAUAUGUGAGUUGUUAUCAGUUAACUCUCUUAUUUUUAUUCAGUCGUUCUAUAGCCAUUGUUUCCAUGCAAAGCAGCGUAUCUUGUUAAUAAUACAGUUUAUUCCUAGGUUAAUUCGUAUCUUGUACAUAGGGCUAAG